CAGGAAAACAUUACAAUGCUUUGUAAUGAAUACCAAGCUAAGGUGGGUUAGUCACAGAAAAAUAUUUUGUGCUGUCAUUUUCUCACAAGUACUCUAAUUAGAGGCACGUGCGUCGUUGUAACUCAAACAUUCCUUUGUUGUGCUAUACUGUUUGCUAUUUAAAGUAUUUAUGUUUAGAGGAACAUGUGUUUUCGUCAUUUUCUAGGAGAAACUAGGAUGCUCCUUCACCUGAAACUCUUAAGCGUAGUAAUUUUGUAUGGUAAUUUUAAAGACGAAGCAUGGGAAUUAUCAAGCAAGUUCAUCCAAAAGAAUUAUAUUGUAGAAUUUCACUACAAUUGGUUCAUAUAUAAUAAAAUAUUGCUGAGGUUCAUGUACGAGAAUAACAAUCAAAGUUUUGUGCUGGGUGGAGAGAUUAGAAAUUCUACCUUUGUUCUAAUAGAAAAGACGUACUUCAAGAUAUGUAACGACAGUGACAUGACAAGCUGCAGCAUGUAUUACACAAGUUCAGAUUAUAAAAUCGAAAAAUUAAAAGGAAAAGAAGUGAAAAUAUUCAAAAUGCCUGAUGCCUACAAAAAUAUAAAUAAUAAGGCACAAUUGGAUGAAUAUGUCAAUCUACUUUGCCAAUGUUUAAAAAUAAGGUAUAUACAAGUUUAUAACUUGGAUAACGCUGACAUUUCGAUAGUACCUACAAUUGCCAUGUUCUGGGAACAUUACGUUUCUUAUUCUUCUCCUGUAUUUGACAUAUCAACUUAUUUUGUCAUCAGAGCAGCAAGACCAAUCGAUAAGUUCAUUUCCUUGAUCAAGCCUUUUUCCAUAAACAUAUGGAUAUGCAUUUCCAUCACAACUGUGUUAUGUGUUUUCAUCAUACAUACCAUGUUGAAAAGAGAAGCUCAAUUUUUAGACAAGGAGCAUCCAAAAUUUUCAUCUCUCUGCUGGAUAUUAAUAAGAAAUGCUUUUCGUCAAGAUACGGAAAUUGAUCACAUUAUUCUCCGCACAUUUCGAAUUCUGAUUGGAUGUUGGAUCCUAGCGGUAUUUGUCCUUACUUCAGCAUAUACGGGAGUUUUGCCUUCCUACUUAAUUCAUCCAGGAAAUGAAAAAAUUCCCAAAAAUUAUAUGGAAUUGACACAAUCGGUAAAAGAUGGAAAAUAUAACAUUAGUAUGACUUUCUCCUCUGAUGAAGAAGCAAUUUUUUUAAUUAAUGGGCGGAAAUUACCCGCUAUGUUUCAGAUAUUUUUAAAAAGUAUUGAAGAAAAUCCAAACAAUAGGGUAAUAUUAGGUAAAGGCAAUGAACUGCAGAAGGUUCUUGAAGGAACAGAUGCGUUACUUGCAACAAAAUUAAGGAUUGAUCCUUUAACAAUGAAAUUUCGUAAAGAGAAUUUUUACAUUUCACCAGAUUCUCUUUUCACUAACUUUCGCUUCCUGCAGAUAAACAAGCUUCGACUUUACCAACAAAAAGAGGUGUUUGAGAUGAUAAAUAUCUUACAUCAAAGUGGAUUAUCAUUGAAACUGCAACAAGAUCUUAUAGAAGAAGAUCGAAGAUAUUACAAAUUUAAUUCUUAUGAUGACAAAGAAGAUGAAGAAUCUCUGAAAGUGGAAGAUCUCAAAGGACCAUUGAUUUUGUUAAUAAUAGGAUAUAUUCUUUCUUUAUUGGUGUUUAUUGGAGAAAUUUUGAUUGGGAAAUGUAAGAAAGGAGGAAUUCUUCCAUUAAUUUAAUAUUUAUUUACAUAUUUUAAACAGUUUAAUAACUUACAUUUCACACAAAGUAUUCAAUGGCUUUACUACUUUUGAAACUAAACACAUUAAUAAUGCUCAUUUAUUCAUCACAAAAUAAUUCAUAUUAUUUAAUUAGUCCCAGCUAUAUUGACACUAAUACAAAAAUUAUUAGUCACAUUUCAUUGUAAGUUUUUUAAAAUGAGUGGCACAUAAUAUAAAAGCUUUGACAUUGUUCAAGUUAUUAUUAAUAUAAUUUUAUAGAUGUUAAUAUUUUUUAUGAGGAUUUUAUUAUUAGAAAUGCAUUAAAUUUUUAUCGUCAUCUGUUGGAGAUUGCCUGCAAUUUUGUAUUUGAUAAAUGCAUUCGAAUAUUGAAUUAAAACGUUUCAAAAUGUCACAAGGAUUAUGGUAAAAAUUGCAAGAAUAUAGAAAUAAAUAGAAGAAGGCUGUAGGGUCAUUAAAAUUGCUGUUUUAGUGAACCGAUCUACUUUUGGAAUUUAUAAAAUUUUAGGAAAAUCAUUACCAAAUCUCAUUUAAUCUCAUUUAACAUCGGCCAGAAAGAAUCAAAAUCAUGUCUUAAUUAAAGAGAAGAAAAUCGAUUUCUGCGUUUUUGCAUAACAAUGGGAAAAAAUUUGACAAAUCAAUUUGAUUUGUCAAAUUUUUUUCAAAAUGAAUUUAAAAUUAGUGUUAAUAAAAAAUUUACAGCAACUGAACAUUUGAAAUUUCUUGCAAUGAUGAAAAACCACUGCUUACUGCUAACUAACUAAACAACACAAAUUGAUAAAAAUGCAGUGGGCUAAAGAUCGCAUGCUGUGGAAUGACCAAUGGCUCUCGGUUCUUUUCAGGGAUGAAAAGAAAAUUUGGA